AUGGACUCUGACACUGAGGAGAUAAUAGAGGAAUUCAUGGGCAGCGCGCUGGCGCAGUGGGUCCUGCUGUUUGAGUGUAUGGUGGAGACGGAGAGCAGCGUCCAGCUCUACAGCCAGUACAUGGAAGUGAACUCGGAUUUCAAGAGCGCUCGAGAGCGCUACACGACGCUGACCGAUGGGGUUUUCCUCAACGAGGUCAUGAGGCUCAUAGACCCGAAUCCCAAGGUGGAGCAGCUUUACGAGAGCGAGAGAGACGACCACAUGCUGAGAGUUCAGAACUUCUCCAUCUUAAAUCGACAUCUCAGGGCCUUUUAUCAGGAAAACCUGCAACAGUUGAUCCUCAUGCCCCUCCCAAACGUCGCCAUACUGGGGCAGGACCCCCUAACAGAGGCAGCUGUGGAGGAGCUCAGGCGACUGUUGCUACUCUUACUGGGCUGUGCAGUGCAGUGCGAGAACAAGGAGACGUUCAUUCAGCAGAUCCAGUCUCUGGACAUCGAGACUCAGGCUGCCAUCGCCAGCUGCAUUCAGCAGGUGACUCAGGACCGUCGCACGGUGCUGCCGCUUCAGUGGGAGGAGCUGGUGGAGGCUGAAAGCUCAGACUUGCAGCCGGUCUUCAGCUCCAUGGCCAAACAGAUCCAGAACCUGCUGGCACAGAGAGAUGCACACCUGGAGAGGAUAGCGGAGCAGAAAGCUCAGGUUGAGUCCACGCUGGCACCCCUGGGCGGCCACGGUGACGAAGCCCCCCAGAGCUUGACGCUCCAGCUGGCAGACAGCAAGGCCAAACUCCGCCGCCUCAAACAACAACUGGAAGACAAAGGUGAUCAGAUUCUGGAUUUCAAGCAGGAGGUUCAGACGAUGGAAGAUCAACUGAAGAAACUUCAAAAAGAGAACCGAGCUUUGCAGGGCGAGGCGAGGGGCAUGCGAGCGCUGCGGGACGAGCUGGACUGCGCUCGGGAGCGAGCUGCACGGACCGAGCAGCUCCAGACGGAGCUUCAGAGCUGUAAACACAGACUGCGAAGCCUGGAGCUCACACGCACUCAGCUGAAGGAGCAGCAGCAGCUGUGCGCAGCGCUGCAUGAAACUAAAACUCUGCUGGAGGAACAACUGGCCGACGCACGAACCCGCUGCUCAUCACUACGGGAGCUGGAGAAGGACAAUCUGCUGCUGCGUCAACACAUCAUGGACGUUGAAGCGGAGCGGGACACCGAGAGGCAACGGGUCGACGAGCUGCUGGAAAUGAACCUGAGCCUGGAGGCUGACCUGAGGCACCGGAGAACUUCCAAGGGGAACAUUCCCACUUCGAUCGUUUCAAUUCACGAGCGCUUCCUUCAAUUGGAGCUGGAUUCUGACGAGGAGCUCGCAGAACUGAUCGAUCAGAAGCCUCUGAGUGUCGAAGUGGGCGAGGCUUCGACGCUGAGGCUGCUGGGAGCCGAGCAGGAGAACGCCGAGCUGAGGAGACGACUGGAGGAGCUGCAGGCCCAGCAGGAGGCUGAUUCUCUGGAUGUGAAGGAUGAGCGGGAGCUGAAGCAUCAGAACACACUCAGGGAGUGUGAAAACUUGAAGAAUGAAAACGCCACUUUAACGCAGCACCUGGAGGAGCUGCUGAGGAAACUUCAGCACCUCGAAGACAAGGAGACGAAGGAGCAGGAAGGUGUAGCGAAGCUGGGCAGAGAGGAGGAGAAGGUUGUGAGAGGAGUUCAGGGCUCGGAAACACCACGAGGAGAGGGGGAGGGAAGGGUGAGGAUGAUGGUGGAGAGGGAGAAAAGAGGAGAAAUGAUGGGUACACGGCGAGAAGCAGGAGUGGGUGAGGAGGGUCUGCAUGUUCCUGGGUGGAGAGGUGAAAUAUGUGACGAGGAGAUGGAGAUCAAAAGGAGAGGAGAGGCAGAGGGAGGACAGAAAGAAGUGGACAAACGGGACAAAGAAAGUGAACAAAAGUUGGAAACAUCAAGACCUGAGCAUCUAAAACCCUUGGAGGAGACUUCAGAUACCGCUCACCUGGCUGUGUGUUCACUGUCCACUCCUGACGUCGAGCUCCUGACAAACCGGCUCCAGAAGAGCCAGGAGGAGGCUGAUCUGCAGGACGAGCUGGUCCAGGAGCUGCGCUUAAAGCUGGGGGAGCAGAGCAGGAGAACGUGGGAGGCUGAGCAGAAGCUGCUGCUGGUGGAGGCUGAGCUGCAGAGGCUGAAGAAAGCUGCAGAGAGUCUGGUGGAGGCCCGAAGGCAGAUGGAGGUCCUUCAGUCCGAGGCGCUGGUCAUGGAGGAGGAGCUGUGCCGCCUGCGGAGCCAAGCGGAGCUCCACAGGAUGCAGACCACGGUCAUUGCCACCCUGGAGGGGGAGCGAGCCGCUCUGGAGAGGGAGAGAGACACGCUGUGUGGCACGGUGAACGCCCUGCGAGCCGCCCAGCGCAAGAGCGACCAGUUCAGUCUCACCAUCCAGACUCUGAAAGCAGAGCUGGAGCGUCAGGGGCGCAGUCUGGAGACGUCCCGCCGGCGGGAGGAGCAGCUGGGGGCCGAGCUCCGCGAGGCCACCCUGGAGUCCGAGUCCCUGGUCAGAGCGCGAGACCAGGCGCUGCUGGAGGCUUUGAGGCUCGAGCAGGAGAAGGAAAACUGCCAGUCGGAGCUGGACGACCGACGCAAGGAGGGGCGGCAGAGAGAGAGGGAGGCGGCGAGACUCAGGCAGCAGCUGGAAAGCACCAGCUUGGCCUUGGAGCACAGCAACCAGAGAGCUUGUGCUCUGGAUGCUGAACACAGACGUGUGUGUCAGCAGUUUUCUGAGUCUAAGGAGCUCUGCACUCGGCUGCAGGACCUGGAGAAGCAGCUCAGCACUCGAUUAAACAGCAUGGAGGAGGUUAAACAGCAGCUGCAGGAGCAGUACGCAGAGGCUCAGGCCAACAUUGGCUCACUUUCUCAGGAUCUGUCCGGCGAGCAGGCCCGCUCUCAGAAACUGGCCACUGAAGUCGAGCGUCUGAGCCGGAAACUGCAAAGAUCCGAAGAGGAGCUCAAGACGGCGGCAGAUUCUCUGAAGCGGUCGCAGGCGAACGUGGAGACGCUCUCGCAGAGGCUUAAAAGAAGUGAAUCUCUUGUGAACUCAGAACCGUCACGUGCGGAUGAAAGUCCGGAAACUGAAGAUGGAGCCCCUCGCUCGCCCCGCAGUCACACCGCAGGAGAGCCAGAGAGGGAGCUGAGUGAGAGGGUGAUGGAGCUGGAGAAGGAGGUGUGUGUAGCAGUGGCAGCACAGGAGGCUUUGCAGAUGCGUUUGUCGCAGUCCCAGGAGACGUGUGAGCACCUAAAGGAGCAGCUGGAGGCUCUGCGCCGGCACUCCCUCAGCCUGCAGGACUCGUGCACUAAACUGCAAACGCUCAACACUCAGCUACAGGUGGAGUUAGCAUCUCUGAGCUCCCAGCAUGCAACAGCGCUGGCCCGCAGCAGUGAGAGUGAGGCCCGGAGUGCCGCCCUGGAGGCUGAGUCGAAGGUGUGGGCGCGGGAGCGGGAAGAGUCGGCGGUCAGGAUGGAGGCUCUGAGGCGCGACCACGAGCGGUUGACGGCGCUGCAGCAGCAGCAGGAGGUGGAGCUGGAGGAGCUGCUGGAGAAACACUCCCAGCUAAGGAGCAACUACCGAAGCCUGGAGGCUCAACACCGAGAGCUGGAAGCCAGGUACAAGGAGCUCAUGGACUGUAAAACCCAGCUGGAGGAAAGAGAGAGGGAGAUAAAGAUGGAGAGGCAGAAGAUGGAAGAUGAGGCCCAGGGCAGGCUGGAGAGGGAGCGAGAGCUGGAGAGGCUGAAAGAAGACGGCGAGCGGCUGCAGGCCCAGCAGAAGGACUGGCUGGCCUCGCAGGCGGAGUUGUUGGCUCAGGGCUCCGUGCUGAAGGCAGAGCUGAGUGCCGCCCAGCUGGAUCGGACUCGACUGGAGGGGGAGCUGAGCACCCUGAGGGAAACCAAUCAGAGCUUGGACCUCAGCAACGCUCGGCUCACCAGUCAGUACCAGCUUCUGACGCAGCUAAAGGGGAACAUGGAGGAGGAGAACCGACACCUAGCAGAGCAGAACCAGAGUCUGCUGAAAGAGAACCGGGCCUUGUUGGAGCAGAGCCUGGAGCGCCGUGACCAGCACUACUCUCAGCAGAGAGAGUACCAGGAGAAGCUCAGCGAGCUCCGGCGGGAGAAGCAGAAGUUGGUGGAGAAGAUCAUGGACCAGUACAGAAUCCUGGAGCCCAAUGUGCAGCCUUCAGCCGGCAAAGCCAAAAAAUCUAACUGGAUUGCAGACAGGAUGAAGAAACUAAUCAAACCCCGGGGAGGAGGAGGAAAAGAGGGACGCGCCCUCUUCAUAGCCGUGGGCAGCGUGGAAAACCUGGCCGACAGCAAUGAAUUCACAUCAGACACACACACACCGAAGCCUGACCCCCUCAGUGCUCCGGUCUCUCCUACCCCCGUGAGAAAAGUUGGACAUCAACCAGAAAUAGACAUCUCAGUUCCCGGGACCCCGGCCCCGCGCUUCGGGUCCGGGGGUCGCCGUAAACUGGGCUCUCGCCACGGCUGGGGGCUCGGUUUGACCAGAGGAGGCUCCGGAGUGUCUCAGUCCUUCAGUCCGGGCGACCACAAGACGCCCCCACGCCAGAGGUUUAGCUCCAGCCAGAACUCUUCGUCCAUCCUGUGGGAGGGGGCCGCAAGUCCAACAGGUCCUCCGCAGGACCCCGAGGGUUCGCUCACCAGUCAGGAGAGCGUUGAGGAGGAAGACAGGGGAGAUAACCAACCCUCCGGUGAUGACGUCACAUCGGCUAAAACUAGAACUACAGACUCACAUUUAAACUGA